AUGGACUUUUCAACAGACAACGCAGUAGACGGUUUGGAGCGUCUCCAUCAGGUCUCCGGUUCUGGCGGAGGGGCUGAAGAUUCCCCCAAGAGAUACACCCCGCUCGCCUCUGAUCAGGGUGGUGCUGAACUCAAUGCCGGCUCUCCGGGGAUCGUGUCUGACAUUUCUGAAUCAACUUUUAGCGAUGACUCUGCUCUUUCUCCGCAAAAAAGUCAAGGAUAUGAGGCAGACCAUGCUCCGGCGUACUAUUCCUACUGGACUCCCCCGGUCUACAACCCGACAGUCAUCGACAGUUUCUUAACACCGUCCAGCUCACCGCAACCACGCCUGACCGGUACAGUUGAUUUUCUAGAGAUUGUAAAGGCCUGCGUUGCCUCUGCCGUAAGAGUGGUGGUGUUACAGCAAAUAAAAGAAGACUGUUUCGGAUGUCAAAUCUCCCAUCCGAGUCAGCGACAGCAUGCGUGCCUCUACCCUCCAGUCCCGUGGUUUUUUUCAGCUAACUUUGAACGAUUAAUGGGCAAGGUUUUGACGUGGGAGUUUGUCCCGGCUCUCAAAAAUACCUUGACGAAAACGGGUCUGGACAUAUUGGAGGCAAGAGUGGAAGGAGCGGCCGAUGCUUUUCUUUACGAUCUGAAGAAUGAAGAAAACAUUUUGGAGAAAGUAAAUGAGAUCACAUGUACCUACACCACAGAGAAGUCCGAGGAUCUACUGGACCACUUCCUAAGUUUCUGGAAUCCUUGA